AUGGGGGAGAAUAUUGGCGAGGAGCGCGACUAUUUUGAAGGCUUCCUCUCCCAAUGCUUCCCUCGAGAAAACACCGAAGACACGAAAAAGCUCCUGCGCAAGGAUGCCACAGUCAUCGCAGCCAACCUUCUCAUUAAGGGAGGAACAAUAACAACCUCUGUCUCUCGCUUUGCAUGGGAAGCCGACAAGCUGAUCAAGAAAUAUGCAGUCCUCGGACUACCCCCUCAGUCGAAGCCUGCUUGGCCAUGGUCACGACCUCCAACCGAAAAGAAUGGAAAGCAGCUUUCGACGGUGUUUGCCACUCUCAAAGAAGACCACGAUCGCGAAGGGAAACUGGACAUCAACCGUGAGUCUGUUCCCAAGGAAGUAGAGCACCAAGCGGCACUCGAAGUCCCUGUUGGGAAUGGCGUACAUGAACCCCUGCCGCACCCAGGGGAGGUUUCCUAUGAAAAAAUAUCCGAGGACAUCCAGGCCGAGGUCGAAAAGGAGCUGAAAGCCAUGAAGGAUGCGAUCAACGAGAUUCUCGACAGAAAAGACACAGAGCAAGCUACUCUCCUUGCCUUCACAGAGUGGUCCAUUGAUGGCGAGGGGGACUGCUGGAGUCCGUAUACGCGUAUCGGCAUGGCUGGUGAGAUCUGGCAAGAGCGGAUUGAAGCCCCAGAGGAGAAGUUCAGGGUCUCGAUGAUGAUGUCGGGGCUCCGGAAGCUUGUUGAGUCUGGUGACUUGCCCAACUAUGAGCUUUGCAUGAAGUGA